CCAAACAUUCUUGUGUUUCAUCCCUUUCCGCCAAUCGUUCAGCGGCCUCAGAGGCGGGAGCCGACAAGGGGGGCAUGCACGUCCUGCUUCUGGACGAGAAGGCAGAUGGCGAGGCCGUGUCCAGAAGCCGGCGGCUGCUCCGGUACCUGUUCUCGCUGUCACACGGCUUGAGCACCAGCAGCCUGCACUGGUUCCACGAGCUGGAGAGCUGCACUGCCAGCCCUCACCCCGCCAAGUCCUCCAGCGGGCUGGCUGGGAGCGCGGGCUUCUGCUCCGACGAAACGGGAGAUGAUGACGUCUUUGAGGACAGCAUAUCCACAAAACCGAAGAGCAGGGUCCUGCGGGCGCCCCUGUGCUCGGUGGAAAAGGACAGUGACCUGGAUGGUCCUUCCCCUCUCUCUGAAAAGGGCCCCCCCAUCUCUCCCGUGUCCACAUCAGGGGAUGCCUGCAGGAUCUGUCACUGUGAAGGAGAUGAUGAGAGCCCUCUGAUCACACCCUGCCACUGCACAGGGAGCCUCCACUUUGUGCACCAGACCUGCCUGCAGCAGUGGAUCAAGAGCUCCGACACACGCUGCUGUGAGCUGUGCAAGUACGAGUUCAUCAUGGAGACCAAGCUGAAGCCUCUGAGAAAAUGGGAGAAGCUGCAGAUGACAGCCAGCGAGCGCAGGAAGAUCAUGUGCUCCGUGACGUUCCACAUCAUUGCCAUCACCUGUGUGGUCUGGUCCUUGUACGUGCUCAUCGACCGCACUGCUGAGGAGAUCAAGCAGGGGCAGGCAACAGUGACUCUCCUGGAAAACCCUCACGUCAGCUGUGCAUGGCUGGGUUCUGCUUCCGCCAGCGUGUCUACAGGAAGGGAAGUUGGAAGAGCCUGUAACACCAUGAUGGGGCGCUGGCUGGGUUCUGGCCUGUAGUCUUGAGCAGAAUGAGAGAAUAAGAUGCCAAACCUGAGGUUAGAGCAGGAGCUGGUAGCGCCUGGGCCCUGAUGCGCCUCUUCCAGUUGGCAGGUCCCUGCACCAACCCUCUGGAGUGGAGUGUUGGGAACAUCUAGCCAUGAGGAGAGGUUUCCCCCUCACAAAGCAGAGCGCGGGGAGGCCGCCACUGACAGUUCCCGAGCAGACAGGCCGUGGUGCUCUGUGCGUGGUGGUGAGUGAUUCACUAAGCAAAGCAAAAGCACUUUACAAAAAGAGAAUCUGUAUUUUGUAAUAUGUGUGUCCCAUGGGAUUGACAUUUAAAAGGACGUCUCAUUUACAAACCUUCCCUUCAUGACCCUGAUUAUCUCUUUCACAUUAUAAUAGAUCUUAAAACCCUUUCUGCCUUAGCUAAGAAACAUGACAUCUACUCUGUGUCCAUAAAAGGGACUUGUGACUCUAAAGCAGGACAAACAGGUCUGAGGCUUUUUCACAACACCUUAUGGGAAUUAAUGGAUGCUAAAUGGCAAUUCGAGUGUAAUUCCUGUGGUUUUGAGCCUGUUUUAUGACAAGUCUUCAUGUCAUAGGGCUGCCCUGAAAGUUUCUUUUUUUUUGGUCAGCCCGGAAGAAGGGUUCAUGAGAUCUAAAUGAAAAGAAGUGACUAAUUAGAACAAAACUGAAUAUUUAAAAACUAUUCCUUUAAAGACAAACCUCUCCAGUUUGUGCUGGCUUCACACUGAUGGAGUAGGCAUUGCAUCGCCCUGGUCUGGGGCGUGCACACUGCAGGUGCUCCUGGGUGCCUGUCACUCAGCCAGCCCCUGCUCCUGGCACAUUCUGUGGAUCACUGCCCAGGGCAGGGAGGCAGACGGGCUGGCUCUGGGGUGUGGGCCAGGAGUGAGCAGCAAACUGCCCUGGUCCACUGUGUCCCUGCUCCCAGCCACUCCCUUGCCCAUUUGUCGCCUUAACUGGACUGAACAGAGAGGAUCCUUUAGGGGCCCCUGGCCCUGCUAUCAGUCCAUUCUGUCAUCAGGGAUUAUCUCCUGUACCAUUUUUCAUAAAACAAAACCAAAAUUAUUACCAUCAAAUGGCCUUUGUCCUUUUAAAAAGGUCUGCUUAAAAUUCUUUUUUCUGAAGACCAGUUUCAUCAUGCCAGGCAAAUAAGAGUCAACUCCCGGAAAAUAGGCCAGGGGGGUCUGCAGUGUAAGUUAGGUAUGCCCGGAUACUUACUCUCCAGGAAGCUCUGCAGAUGAGCAUCUGGGGUGAGAUGCCUGGGGGUCCUUCCCUCCAUCCUCCGAGCCUUAGUUGCUUCAUCCAGCUGUUAAGAGGAGGAAGCAAACAGAAGAUGAUUCCUUUCCAUUUCAGAGUAGAAGCCCCACGGUUUGUUUUGAGAGCCAGGAGGAGGCUGAAGGAUCUGUAAGCUCUGGAGGAGGGCUUUGCCCUGCCACGGCUUCUCUGGUCUGGCAGCUGCUGUCCAGUUAGUUGUAGCCCAUCCCUGGAAAUAGGUCAGCCGGCCCUCUCUGUCUCCAGGGCACAUCCAGCCUGUGCCUGUGCUCACUGUGCCCCAAAGUGCAAUUACCUACACCCCUUCUCAGCCUGGGGACACCAAGCAGCUACAGACUGUCCACUCAGGAGAAUCCCAGGUCAGCCCUGCCUGUGCCCCUUAGGAACUGCCUGGGCAAGGCCCCUUGUCCCUCUAACGGCGGAUGAGUGGUCAAGGGAAGACUGGGAUAGAUUUUUAAGUGGGAAUCUUUCCCUUUCCCCCUGGUGGAACCCCUUAUGCUGGACUUGAAAAGCACUGAGACUUUCUGUAGAGAGGAGAGUGUGCUUAGGUGGGGAUAGCCCCAGGGCAGCCCACCCAGUAUGCCUGGCACCCUCUGUGGCAGAGAUGCCUUUAUAACCAUGACUGUUGUGUUGCUCCCAUGCCCAACUAGACUCUCACGGGAAGCCCUGUCACUUCUUUUUAGGAAGGGCCUAAACACCAUCUCGUCACCUCCAGCCAAGCUCCUAAAAGCCUCUGCCUGUGGACAGUCAGCCCCAUGUCCUCCUUUUCUCUCCUGGGGUGGCACACAGCUAUCCCGUUGCCUUUCUCUUUCCUCGCAGGUUCUGUUGAGCACCUCUGCCCCUCUACUGAGUCCCAGGGCUAAUCUCUUCCCCGAAGGGACUAACGGUGAGUGCGAAGCCCUACCAAGGUUGGGCUGUGCUGCCACCUAGUGGGAGCUGUGGAUCUGCCAGGCAUUCCUUUAGUCUGUGUCAGCUUGCUCUCUAGGUUCUUUUGGGAGCUUAAUUAUUCCCCAUUUCUUCAUCAUUUUGCACCUGGCUUUAGUGAAAAGAUGACACUUGGCUGAACUAUAUAGAAACGUGGAAUGAGCUUGCAGGUCUCAGGGCCAGUGGGGCUGAUAUUUGUAAGCCAGGGGAGGGGGAGAGGGAAGCAGCCUCAGGGGUACGCCAGCCAGCCAUCUCUGAUUUGGCCUCUAUUUCCCCUCAAAUUAUAGUUCAACUGAAGGGCUUUUGUGUUUGGGUUUAUUUUAAGAUUUUCCUGAAAAUUGUGAAAGACCUCUUCCUACCACAGGCCCCUAAUGUCACUUCCUUUUUUGCUUCCAUCCACUCUUUUCAAUCUUAUGGGUCCUGUUUCAAAACCUGGCGGGUGUGCCCUUCCUGGCUACAGACAUACGGACCCCAGGCAGUUGGGCCCGUUCAAGAGCCUCAUCUAAGGCCUGAACGGGUUCGAGCUGCCCCUGCUGCCUGGUGGUCGGCUGCAGAGCUGGAGGAGGACUGGGCACGGCAGGGUGUAAAGAUCCACGACAGUGUGGAUUUGGCCUAAUGCAAAUACACAUUUGAGAUACUUUCCCUCUUGGAUCUGAUUUGAAAUAUGCAGCUUCCAUCUCUAGUCCAAGGAAAGACUGAAACAUAGGGAAGUAAAAGCAUUUGUCUUUGUUUUGGAAGUAAUUGUGCAACUCAUCACCUAUUUAGAUGCAGUGUUUGUAGGAGGUUGAUUGUUAAUAAAGACCAAAUUUACACUGGCAUGUGUGGUGUAGUUUCUAAAAGGCACUUCACAUUUGAACUUUUUCUUAACUUAGAGAAUUUUGAGUUAUCUAAAUGUCUAGUUUUGUAUCCCUUUGUGUAUGUUCACUGUUCUUCAGCAUUACUGCUUGAAUAAUUCUCUGUAUUGGGGGGGUGGUUGUACUAUACACGGGAGUAUCUAAUUGCAGCAAUAAAGCUUUUCUUUAAAAAGGA